UCUGAGUGGGAGUUAUAGCUUUUUAUACGGAUAUUUCUUAAAUCAAUUGUUAAACCACAGAGCAAGGAUCAGACUUUUUAAGAUAUAAUCAUUAAAAUCAUAAAAAAGAAUUGAGGGAUCAUCAAAGUCAACAAUGGCAGCUCUCUCCGAGUUAACAGACAUGAUUCCGGUAGAUAGGACAUCUGCGAAUGUUCAGCAACGAAAAGGGGUUUUCUCGGGUGUUGUUUCGGCCUGCGCCUGCUCUAUUUGUUUAGUAAUCGUCAUCGUGUUUUCAACCGUUCGAGAGUAUGCUGGACAUAGUCCAGUUGUUUGGGGGUUGGAGGCAAUAUUAACUUCCAUAGGUGGAUUCAUUACUUAUAUCAUCUGGAUUGUUGUUCAUAAAAAUGGAGAUCGAUCCCUGGAGCAGAACACAGAAGACGUCACCAUCCGAAUGAAAUUAUGUUUUCUCUGGUUAUUUGGAAUCGUUAAUAUCCUUAACUCUGCUAUAAACAUGGCCAUAGAUUGUGACUGCAUCGAUAAACAUGGUAGGGAACAAUUUCCUGGAGAUCUAAUAGUUAGCAUAGCAACACACACAAUUGAGAUAAUAUUUAACACGGGACAACUUGGAUUUAUAAGUUCUUAUUCUGCUUAUCGAUUAAAAUCUUCAACUCUCAUAAAUUACGGCAUAUCGACAAUUAUUCUCACUCAUGUCAUAAGAUGGUUUCGAACACUUUUCUCGUCACUUCUAAGUAAUCACUUAAUAUAUAACACAAACCACUCCAAAAGCUUUCUAAACAACUGUUACUGGAACACCGAUUUGACACAUUUUCGGAAGUCUAUCGAAACUUAUAUCGAACCAACUCUGACAGAGUACAGUCUUCUUGCAGUUUCGUUCAUGUUACGAAUGUGGAUAUCAUUUGAAAAGGAGGAGAGACCAUCGCCUUUUCCUACUUCAGUUAACACCGAACGAACCCCUUUGCUUGAUUCUUGCUCUCCUCAAACAAGCAACAUGGGAAAUAUACAAAUAGGGUUUGAACGUACGCAUAGCCUUAGAUCUGCUGUCAGGAGUUCUUCUGUAUAUAUAUGUGUCUUAGUGGCCAUCGUAUUAUGCCUGCCAAUUCUGACCACUGUAAUCAUGGCGUCAGCGGUGGAAAAUUACUCUUACCAUUACCAGCUCUCAUCAGGAAUAGUCCAGUGUGUCUUCAAACUUCAACUCUUUAUUGUGAUUCUGUUGGCGUUUUAUCUAUGCAAUAAACAAUACAAGGAAGAAUGUAGUACAGAGAAAAUGAAUAGCAGUCGAUAUAUUUUGAUUCUCUGUACCGCAGGGGCAGUUGCAUACAGUACGUUCGGGCUGAUUGCAGGAAUGAUGUAUCAAAGAAUGGAGUUUCCAACACUUUCCAUUGCAUUAGUUAUUCAAAAAAUCUUUGAGAUAGCUUGUACUUAUUUGCAAACAAUACUCAUUCUACAAUCCCCUGCAUACAAUACGGUUCGCGAUCGAAAAGUCUGCAUACCUGUGUAUAAAGUACACUGUGUCUUGUUUACAAUUAACAUAAUAAUGUGGCUGGUGAAUAGCUACAUGGGGAAAGUAGUGGGUAGCGUCAUGCACAUAGAAGCAAGUUUUUAUGGAGAUAAAUACUGGAAAGCUGUAAAUGACGUUGUGUACCCUAUCACAAUCUUUUACAGAUUUCAUACGGCGAUGGACAUUUAUCAAUUGUACAAAAAGUACGAACACUCGUACACAAUGCAGGUUUUAAAUAAUACUUAAGUAACCUUAUAUUUUGUUCAUUUUUUAGAUUACUUCUUGCUUUCAUUACCUUUAUCUUUAUUUCAUUUUUGUUUUUGUUCUAGUUAUUGAAACAAACUUUCCUGUCGUGUUGUUUAAUCAAAUUUGAAGGACAUUUUUUUCAAGCAUUUGUAAUUGUUUGUGGUGUAUUUUGCAUUUUUAAUUUUAUUUUACUAACUUCCUGUCAUAUUGUGAAAUCACUUCGAUUUGAAGUACAAUUAUACACAUUUUAAAGUAGUGUUGGAAUUAUUUUCAUGCAAGUGCUAUUGUUUGUGAAAUAUGCAAAAUAAAUAUUGGACAGGUACAUCAUUGUUUUCAUAUGAGAUUUUGUUUUGAAUCAAAAACCUUUGUAUUUAAACUGCUUAAUGAAUAAGCAAAUGAAAUAAUGAAACAAA